AUGUUUUCAAGGGCAACUUCUGGAUCCUUCUCUCCAUUUGAACUUGUUCUGUUUCUCCUGGUACUCCUUAACGGCGUGGAGCUCACCUCACAAGGCAGGAGUAAAAACCGAUGGAACAAGGGGGGAUCCCGAAUGCGCCAAGAGGACUCCCCACCCCGUAUCGUGGAGCACCCCUCCGACCUGAUCGUGUCCAAGGGCGAGCCCGCCACCCUCAACUGCAAGGCGGAGGGUCGGCCGACGCCCACCGUAGAGUGGUACAAAGACGGCGAGCGAGUUGAAACAGACAAAGACGACCCGCGUUCCCAUCGGAUGCUCCUGCCCAGCGGUUCCCUCUUCUUCCUGCGCAUCGUCCACGGACGGCGGAGCAAACCUGACGAAGGCUCCUACGUCUGCGUGGCCCGGAACUACCUGGGAGAGGCAGUCAGUCGCAAUGCUUCGCUGGAAGUAGCAUUGUUGCGGGACGAUUUCAGACAGAACCCCACAGAUGUAGUUGUGGCGGCAGGCGAGCCUGCUAUCCUGGAGUGUAUCCCUCCCCGUGGUCAUCCUGAACCUACCAUCUACUGGAAGAAGGACAAAGUGAGGAUAGAUGAAAAAGACGACCGAGUGAAGAUCCGCGGGGGAAAGCUGAUGAUUUCUAACACAAGGAAGAGUGACGCAGGCAUGUACAUCUGUGUGGGCACCAACAUGGUCGGAGAGAGAGACAGCGAAACAGCCCAGUUAACUGUGUUUGAACGCCCCACCUUCCUCCGCCGUCCCAUUAAUCAGGUGGUCCUGGAGGAGGAGGCGGUGGAGUUUCGCUGCCAGGUACAGGGAGACCCUCAACCCUCCAUCCGCUGGAGAAAAGAUGACAUCGACAUCCCGCGGGGAAGGUAUGAUAUUAAGUAUGAGAAGGAUGACUAUGUUCUGAGGAUAAAGAGAGUGUCUGCGGGAGAUGAGGGAACCUUUGCCUGCGUGGCAGAGAACCGUGUGGGCAAAGUGGAGGCGUCCGCCACGCUGACGGUCAGAGCUCGCCCUGUGGCUCCGCCGCAGUUCGUGAUCCGUCCUCGGGACCAGAUCGUGGCACAGGGCCGCGCGGCCACCUUCCCGUGCGAGACCAAAGGGAACCCUCAGCCUGCAGUCUUCUGGCAGAAAGAAGGCAGUCAGAACCUGAUGUUUCCCAAUCAGCCACAGCAGCCAAACAGCCGUUUCUCUGUGUCGCCCAGUGGAGAUCUGACCAUCUCGUCGGUGCAGAGGGCCGAUGCUGGCUAUUACAUUUGCCAGGCCCUGACCGUGGCUGGCAGCAUCCUCGCCAAAGCUCAACUGGAGGUCACAGAUGUGUUAACGGACAGACCUCCGCCCAUCAUUCGUCAAGGGCCGGCCAAUCAGACUUUAGGAGUAGACAGCGUGGCGCUGCUGAAGUGUCAGGCAUCAGGAGAUCCCAUCCCCACCAUUAGCUGGCUGAAGGACGGGGUCAGUCUCCUGGGCAAGGACCCUCGCAUGUCCCUCCAAGACCUGGGCAGCCUGCAGAUCAAGAACAUCAGACUCUCUGAUUCAGGUAUCUACACUUGUGUGGCAGCUAGCUCCAGUGGAGAAACAUCAUGGAGUGCUUUCCUGGAAGUAAAAGAAUCCGGCGGGGUGAUGGUGAUUAAAAACAGGGAUGAAAAAGAACUCCCAGGUCCCCCAUCCAAACCCCAGGUCACUGAUGUCACCAAGAACAGUGUGUCUCUUUCCUGGCAGCCUGGUCUGGCUGGAGCAUCCGCGAUCUCAUCGUUUGUGAUCGAGGCCUUCAGCCAAUCGGUUAGUAACAGCUGGCAAACGGUCGCUGAUCACGUGAAGACAACGCAGUACACAGUCAAGGGGCUCCGCCCCAACACCAUCUACCUGUUCAUGGUUCGCGCUGUGAACAGUCAAGGCCUGAGUGACCCCAGCCCCAUGUCCGAUCCCGUCCGCACUCAAGAUAUAAGUCCACCAGCUCAGGGAGUGGACCACAGGCAUGUGCAGAAGGAACUUGGAGAGGUCAUUGUCCGUCUACACAACCCGGUGGUCCUCAGCCCCACCACUAUCCAAGUCACCUGGACGGUGGAUCGGCAGUCCCAGUUCAUUCAGGGUUACAGAGUUUUAUACAGGCAGACUUCAGGCCUGCCCGCCCCGGGACCUUGGCAGAGCCAGGAUGUGAAGAUUUCCUCCGAGCGCAGCGUGGUACUCUCCUCGCUGAAGAAGGGGAUCAUGUACGAGAUCAAGGUCCGCCCGUACUUCAACGAGUUCCAGGGCAUGGACAGCGAGUCCAGGACUGUGCGCACCACCGAGGAAGCUCCCAGUGCGCCUCCUCAGCAAGUUACUGUCCUCACAGUGGGAAACCAGAACAGCACCUCCAUCAGCAUCUCCUGGGAUCCUCCCCCUCCUGACCACCAGAAUGGCAUCAUUCAAGAGUACAAGAUCUGGUGUCUGGGAAAUGAGACAAGGUUUCACGUGAAUAAGACAGUGGAUGCCGCCAUCCGCUCCGUGGUGAUUGGGGGUCUUCAGGUUGGGGUCCUGUACCGCGUGGAAGUGGCGGCCAGCACCAGUGCCGGAGUGGGAGUCAGGAGUGAACCUCAACCAAUUGUCAUUGGUAAGGAUUUUCGGGACGUGAUAGUGAGCGGGAAUCGGAACAACAGUAUCACGGAACAGAUUACGGACGUGGUGAAGCAGCCGGCCUUCAUCGCUGGCAUCGGAGGUGCCUGCUGGGUCAUUCUCAUGGGCUUCAGCAUCUGGCUUUACUGGAGGAGGAAGAAGAGGAAGGGUUUAAGCAAUUACGCAGUUCAGUCGUUCACCUUCACCCCUGCAGUGACGUUCCAGAGAGUGGAGGGGGGACUGAUGAGCAACGGAAGCCGGCCUGGCCUGUUGAAUGCCAGUGAAGCAGGGUACCCGUGGUUGGCUGACUCCUGGCCGGCCACCAGCUUGCCUGUAAACAGUGGCUCCACAGGCCCUAAUGACCUCAGCAACUUUGGCCGUGGAGAUGUGUUGCCCACAGGACAAGCUGAGAAGACGGGUACCAUGCUCUCAGACGGCGCCAUUUACAGCAGUAUCGAUUUCACCACUAAAGCCAGUUUCAACAGCCCUAGCCAGGCCUCUCAGGCUACGCCCUACGCCACCACCCAGAUCCUCCACUCCAACAGCAUCCACGAACUGGCCGUUGACCUGCCUGACUCCCAGUGGAAGACUUCGCUUCAGGCAAAGCAAGAGAUGGCCAACCUGGGCUACUCACUGCCUGACAAGAGCUCUUGCAAUAACACCCUCCUUUUCAUGCCUGACUUCCGAUUGGCUGACGGAUUGUCUAAUAGAAUGCCCCACAACCAGUCACAAGAUUUCAGCACCACCAGUUCCCACAACAGUUCAGAGCGGAGUGGCAGCCUGUCAGGUGGGAAAGGGGGCAAAAAGAAGAAGACCAAAGGAGGUGCAAAGCCAACUAAAGCUAAUGGGUCAAACUGGGCCAACGUCCCACUGCCACCCCCUCCAGUGCAUCCCCUGCCUGGGACUGACCUGGACCACUAUCCUACUGACCACCACGACGGAGGAGGUUAUGAGAGUGAUGGUUGGGGAGCGCCGAUGCCAGUGCAGACCUACCUCCACCAGGGCCUGGAGGAUGAGCUGGAAGAAGAGGAGGAGCGAGUGCCUACUCCUCCCGUCCGGGGCAUAGCAUCUUCCCCUGCGGCGGUGUCCUUCGGCCAGCAGUCCACGGCCACUCUGACCCCUUCCCCGAGAGAAGAGAUGCAGCCCAUGCUCCAGGCCCAUUUGGAUGAGCUGACCCGGGCCUACCAACUGGACAUGGCCAAGCAGACAUGGCACAUGCAGGGGGGGCCUUAUCCCCCACAAGCCCCCGCACCUCCGGUGGGCUACGUGUCUAGCACCCUCGUAUCUGACCUCGAGACAGACCUCCCCGAUGAAGACGAUGAUGAGGAUGAAGACGAAGGCUACGAGAUGUCGCAGCCCCUCCGUGGUAUUGAGCACACCCCUGGCUCCAGCAUGGACAACUUAGACAGUUCAGUGACGGGCUCUAUGGUGAACGGGUGGGGUUCGGCCUCCGAGGACGAGCGGGGUUUCUCCAGCCGACGCUCCAGCGUGGCCAGCUCCUCUGACGGCUCUCUCUUCACCCACUGCAGCUUCGCCCAGGCUUUGGUGGCGGCCGCAGACAAGGCCGGUUACCGCCUGGACGGCACCAGUCUGAGCAAAGGAGGAAAGGGUCUGCUGCAGCGCCCUCGUCCCAGCAGUCCCUUCUCCACAGACGGCAGUGCAGUUGGCACACACAGUUUGGGUCACCAGCGAGCGGCCAGACCCGCCCGUAAACACAGAGGUCAAGGCACCGCCCCCCAUCGUCGGGACGCCAGCGCAGACGACCUACCUCCACCCCCAGAACCCCCACCAUGUCAGGGGGUGCGUCUACAGGGGGCUCGAAGCGUGGGGAGUGUGGGCAGCCCCGCCGACCGUAAGGCCUCCUCGCUGGAGCGCCAGCCCCUGUGUGGGCUGGAGGAAGUGAAGAGCUCUCUGGACAGACAGGCACGCGCCUCCCUGGAGCGCCAGCGCCAGGCCCAGGACAGGCUGGGAGACGUGGAGAGAGAGGACAGCCGCCGGGGGCAGAAAAACGAAGAGGCUUUGUUGCCCUACAGUAAACCAUCUUUCCCAUCGCCUGGAGGUCACAGUUCGUCCGGCACCACCUCGUCCAAAGGCUCCACGGGGCCCCGUAAAGGAGAGGGACCUCGAGGGCAGCACCAGCGGGGCCCCGCCGACCACGCCGACAGCAGCUUCCAGGGCAGCAGUGGACAGGCAAACUAUGCCGGAGACUCAUACGGCCUUGGGCAACACAUGCGCAUCCAUCCCACACCAAGGAAAAAGAUGGAUGUGUCCCUGCCAUGGGUGAAAUUGGCUGUCAGGGAGCAUGUCGAUAGGACCGGAGAGGCAGGAAAGGAUGGAUAA